UGAGUAACUGAAUACUAGUGAUUACCUAUUAUGUGCUCUACAGCCUAUUAUUAUGUGUCAGGAGUGGCCAAGACAUAGGGAUGACUAAAGCAGUGAGGCAACUCAAUGUGACCAUGCCUUCUACAGGUUAUUGAAAAUAAAAAGUACCCACAACCAGUGUAAUAUAAACAACAAUAAUGUAUAAAUUUGCAUUUAUUUACUGAUCUCUGUUUUAUAAUAAUAUUUAAUCCCAUGCAGAUAAACUACAGACCUCCAUCAUCAAUGGGAAUAGCCAUCCCAACUACUGAUAAUUUUUAUCAUGCAGAUCCUAGCAAACCCAAACCAAGGAAUUACCAUCCUCUAUCAAAAAAUUCAGGGAAAUAUAAGAAGUGUUUAAACAAGACCUCUAGAAAAGACUGUAAUUGUACAACGGAAGAGAAGAUGUCUCAAAAUAUAGCUUUCUCAGACUGCAUAGAAAAGGUUAUGCGUUUUAUGUAUCCAGUUAACCAGUAUCCUAUCUUUUUGAAUAUCAAGGAUGAUGAUACCUUAGUCUCAUUGGAACCUCCAUAUCUCAUUACUAUAUCUGAAGUGAAUAACAGGAAAAAUUGGAAACUCAGACAAAAAGUGACAAAAGAAAUUCAAAAAAUGAAAACAUACUUAGAUUCCACCCUUUCUAAUACUGUGUAUAAUCCAAAAGAUCUCAACCUGAGCAUAACUGGUUCUGAAUUAUACCAUUUCAGAGUGAAAGUUGUUCCUGGAGUCACCUUUUGUAAAUUAGUUGCUGAGUUUCAGAUUUAUGUUGAUCAGGCACCACUUCCAUUUCCAGGGAGAUUUCUUAUUUCCUCUAUAACAACUGUAGUUAUAGGAGGAAUUAUUCUUGUAGUAUUUAUGGUGGAAUUAUUUGAUAUCAAUAUAUGGUUGAAAAUUAAAAACCUGGUAUUAAGAAAUAAUAAAGUAGCUGCAUCAUCUUCCUCUGUGAAUAUAAAGAGAGAGAAUUCUACCUAUUGACACAAAUGAAGAAUAUGAAAACCAGUCCAAAUUCUUUUUUUCUCACUUGAUCUUCUUUUGCCUUUUCAAAAAUUUGUAGAACAAGAUGAUAAACUAACUGAUAGUAAUAUGGAAUUAACAUUUCUUUUAGAAUUCAAUGUUUUUAAGUAUGCUUUAAAUGUUUGUUUUUAUGAAUUUAACUGUGCAACUAUUUUUUUUAUCAAUAUACAAUUGAAGAUUGUUGAA